CUUUGAGCGCAAGCCGUUGUUUGCUAGAGCUACGGGGUUUGAUUGGGGCAGUAAGCCGAAGUGCUUGCGUGGCGUAUCAAGUAGAGACGGUUUCUGCCUUGCUAUGUCUCAUCUCGCUUUGUAUCACGGCAGUUUGACUCUAAUUCACAUGGGAUUUUGUGCCUUCUUGACAAGUGUCGCGCCACUUGUGAAGGCGUAUUUUUUAUUUGUGUCCCUUUCACGCUCAACGGCAAUGCUUCCCGGGACCGGUUUGAUUGCAAGGCUGUUCAUUUGCCGCGAAUCUCCACUUGAAUUAAUGAUACGUUAUACGGAUUCACAGGGCCUCAAUCUAUACGAAACUUGAAUAUGGAAGCAUAUAUAUGCAGCUUCUUGAGAGAUAGCCAAUGUCAAAAAGGGCUGGAUACCACCAGCUAAUAUGAUGC